AUGUGCGGCAGGGACGGAAGGUGCCGGACGGACUGCGUGGAGCGGCCCCUGUCCGGCGUGCUGCGGCGCCUGGGGGGCUUGGUGGGCGCCCACCCGUGGCCCUUCCUGCUGCUGCCCCUGCUGCUCUCGGCCGCGCUGGGGGUCGGCUUCACGCUGCUGCCCAUCCGCCAGUCGAACGACAUCGAGACGCAGUUCACGCCCCGCGAGGGACCAGCCAAGGCCGAGCGGCGCCUGGUCUGCGCCCGCCGCAACGGCUCCUGCAGCAGCCCCAACCCGCUGCUCAGCGCCGUCGGCGGCGACCCGGCGCGCAUCGAGGCGCUGCUGCCCAAUCUGACCUUCCCGCUCUGGCAGGGGCGCUUCUUCUUGGGCGCCUCCCUGGGGGGCGUCUCGGUGGAGCCUGGAGCGGCGGAAGACCGGAGCCGCCCCGUCCGGGCCGCCAAGGCUCUGCGCCUCUACUAUUACUUGCGAGAAGACGAUCCCGCGCAGCGAGAAGCCAGCUCGAAGUGGCUGAAGACCUUCCUGGAGCGCAUCCCCGUCCUGUUGGGCGACUUGAACCUCACCUCCGUGCGGGUGGCCUAUUUUACCUCCAUAUCCAGACAGGAAGAAUUUGAAAAAAAUGCCAAGGAAGUGAUCCCUCUGUUUUCCAUCACAUAUUUUUUAACAAUAUUCUUUGCCGUUAUAUCAUGCACAAGGCUCGACUGUGUACUAACAAAAGUGUGGGCUGCAUCAUUUGGGGUGCUGUCGUCAGGCUUGGCCGUUCUCAGCAGCUUUGGAUUGUUGCUCUUCUGUGGGGUACCCUUUGUCAUUACAGCGGCAAAUGCACCAUUUCUUAUACUUGGGGUUGGUGUUGAUGACAUGUUCAUCAUGGUGUCCUGCUGGCAACAGACUAAGGUCAAGGACAGAAUCAAGGAUCGAAUGGCUGACACCUACGCAGAGGCGGCUGUGUCUGUUACCAUCACAACUCUCACUGACGUUUUAGCCUUCUACAUUGGCAUUGCAACAUCCUUCCCAUCAAUUCAGUCAUUUUGCAUCUAUACAGGAACAGCCUUUGUCUUCUGCUACAUUUACAACUUGACAUUCUUUGGAGCAGUCCUUGCCCUGAACGGUAGAAGAGAAGAAAGCAAUAGACACUGGCUCACGUUCAUGACAGUGUCGACUGAAACUGAUGAUUCUCGUGGUUCUGCAUAUAACAUGUGCUGUGUGGGAGGAUCUUAUGAUGAGACCACUGGGGCAGAGUUUGAGCAUCCUAUGAAUGGAUUCUUUAGAAAGUAUUUUGGCCCUUUUCUUGUGCACCCCUGGACCAAGGUGUUUGUGGUAGUCCUGUAUGUUGGUUAUCUAGGUAGUAGUAUAUAUGGGUGCACUCAGGUUAAAGAAGGUAUAGAUCUUCGAAAUCUAGCCAGUGAUCAUUCUUAUGUCAUUCAAUAUUAUAACUGGGAAGAUGAGUAUUUUAAAGAGUAUGGUCCAAGGGUGAUGGUCAUUGUUCCUGAAAACAUACCAUAUUGGAAUUCAAGUGUUCGUGCAGAUCUUGAGAACUGCAUGCAGUUGAUAGAAAACUCAACCUACGUUGAUAAGUAUUUAUCAGAGUCAUGGUUGAGAAUGUACAUAACAAUUGCUAAAGGAAUGUUUCUAAAUGUAGAUGAUCGUAGCUCUUUCAUUGGUAAUUUAUCUGUCCUGUUCCAAGUCAAUCCAGACUCUCAGUGGGAUGUUAAUUUUACUGAUCUGGAAAUUCUGGAAAUAUCAGCUUCACGAUUUUUCAUACAGACAGUCAAUGUCACUAGUGCAAUUGAUGAGCGAGAUCUUUUAGAACAACUGAGAGGCCUUGCAGCAGACUGUAACAUACCACUGAUAGUUUAUCAUCCCGCUUUUAUAUACUUCGAUCAGUACCUUGUGAUAGCUCAGAACACCAUUCAAAACGUCGUGAUUGCUACUGGAGCCAUGUUACUUAUUUCCUUGCUGCUGAUUCCCAAUCCUUUGUGCUCACUGUGGGUAACUUUUGCUAUUGCGUCUGUUAUUGUUGGGGUGACUGGCUUCAUGGCCUUUUGGGAUGUCAAUCUUGACUCCAUUUCCAUGAUCAACCUUGUUAUUUGCAUAGGGUUUUCAGUGGACUUCUCUGCUCACAUUUCUUAUGCCUUUGUUAGCAGCGAGAAACCCAGCAUGAAUGACAGGGCGGUGGAUGCUCUAUACCGCCUUGGUUACCCUGUUGUCCAGGGAGCUGUUUCCACCAUUGUGGGAGUACUCGUGCUCUCCCUGGCAGCCACUUACAUUUUCAGAACAUUUUUUAAAAUUAUGUUCUUGGUUAUUUUGUUUGGAGCUGCUCACGGUCUCAUUUUUAUUCCUGUGUUUCUAACUUUCUUUGGCUUUUGUGGAAGAUUUGAAAGACAGCAGCAAAUUAGUGGACUGCACUAUGAAAAUUCUGCUAGUAUUGCACAAAAUGUUAUGAAAUUGCCUACUAUUAACAACUCUUAA